UCAGAAAGCCUCCGAACCUCCAAACCCAUAUUGGAAAUAGCUUUCUUUUGUUGCUUCUUUCUUAUCUCUCUACUCUUUCAGCUCAUCUUUUAUAUAUAUAUACAUAUAUAUAUAUAUGUAUAUAUAUGUAUAUAACUAAGAAGAAGAAGAAGAAGAAGAAGAGGAGGAGGAAAGAGAAGAAGAGAGAUCAAAGUAAGGCAAAAAGAUGGGGAGAGGAAAGAUAGAGAUAAAAAGAAUUGAGAACUCAACCAACAGGCAUGUGACGCUCUCAAAGAGGAAGAAAGGAUUAAUUAAGAAGGCAAGCGAGAUAAGUGUUCUGUGUGAUGCUAAGGUUUCAAUUAUCAUCUCUACCUCCAGCAGCAAGGCGCCUGAACAUUACUGCAGUCCUACCACUUCGUUGAGUUUUAUUUUGGAGGAAUAUCAAAGGCUUUCAGGACAGAAGUUAUGGGAUGUCAAGCAUGAAAACCUCAACAAUGAGAUUGAUAUGACGAAGAAAGAAAAUGAGAACAUGGAAAUCGAUCUGAGACACAUGAAAGGGCAGGAAAUUCAAUCUUUGAACAUCAGAGAGCUUAUUGGUCUAGAGAGAACACUUGAAAAUGGCCUUACAAGUGUCCGUGCUGCACAGGCGGACUUCCUCGACCAUCUUAGACAAAAAGAUAAGAUUCUAGGGGCGGAGAAUAAGCGCCUCACUUAUGAGCUGUGCAAAAUGGAGAUGGAAGGUCAAGGCAUGGAUAAUGGCCGAUAUAAUGAUAAGAUGAGGGACUACAAUCCCUUGCCUUAUGCAUUUCACGUGCAGCCUAUGCAGCCAAAUCUCCAAGGGAUGUAAUACGUAUUAUAUAUAUAUAUAUAUAUAGCAUUCCUGAUGCUAAUCAUCCUUUGGUGAGUAAUUAAUUAGGAUUAUAAGCUUGUUUAAGUAGUAAGAGUGAUUAAAAACUUGUCAUAAGCACUAAGGACUUGGUGUGUCAUCUAAUAUUGCACUUAAACGUGAUGCGCUAACUAUAUAUACGGACUUCUA